CCCAGGUUUGUCUGACCUCAGGCCUGUGCUCUUUAUAUGAGUUCAUGCUAACUCUAAGAUGAUGUACUAGGCACAAUAAUUAGAUAUUUCACCAAUUUCCACUAUAGUUAACAUUCUAUCUAAAUAUAAAGUGGGACCAUGGUCUUAGAUGAAUGUGGCUGUUGAGAGCGGCAAUAAUCCAGAAUGGCUACUCUGAUCUAUGUUGAUAAGGAAAUUGGAGAACCAGGCACCCAUGUGGCUGCUAAGGAUGGGCUGAAGCUGGAGUCUAGACCUUCAAUCAAAGCCUUAGAUGGGAUAUCUCAAGUUUUAACACCACGUUUUGGCAAAACGUUUGAUGCUCCAUCAGCCUUACCUAAAGCUACCAGAAAGGCUUUGGGCACUGUCAACAGAGCUACAGAAAAGUCAGUAAAGACCAAUGGACCUAGCAAACAAAAACAGCCAAGCUUUACUGCCAAAAAGAUGACCGAGAAGACUGUUAAAACAAAAAGCUCUGUUCCUGCCUCAGAUGACGCCUAUCCAGAAAUAGAAAAAUUCUUUCCCUUCAAUCCUCUAGACUUUGAGAGUUUUGACCUGCCUGAAGAGCGCCAGACUGCACACCUCCCCUUGAGUGGAGUGCCUCUUAUGAUCCUUGAUGAGGAGGGAGAGCUUGAAAAGCUGUUUCACCAGGGCCCCCCUUCACCUGUGAAGAUGCCCUCUCCACCAUGGGAAUGCAAUCUGUUUGCAGUCUCCUUCAAGCAUUCUGUCAACCCUGGAUGUUGAAUUGCCAGCUGUUUGCUGUGACAUAGAUAUUUAAAUUUCUUAGUGCUUUGGAGUUUGUGUGUAUUUGUAUUAAUAAAGCAUUAUUUGUUUAACAACAUAAUAAAUACACAAAUAUAAA